CGCUCGCUCGCCGGCUCCCUCGCUCUCCUCCGGGCCGGGGCAGCGGGCUCGGUCCCGGGGCUGGUGCGCUCCCCACCGUCCUCCGGCCCGGGACUCCGGGUCCCCGCAGGCGGCCGCGCAAGAUGAAGCUGGCUCUCCUCCUGCCCUGGGCGUGCUGCUGCCUCUGCGGGUCGGCGCUGGCCACCGGCUUUCUCUACCCCUUUCCGGCCGCAGCCCUGCAGCAGCACGGCUACCCCGAGCCGGGCGCCGGCUCCCCGGGCAGCGGCUACGGGGGCCGCCGGCACUGGUGCCAUCACACGGUAACACGGACGGUGUCCUGCCAGGUGCAGAACGGCUCGGAGACAGUGGUCCAGCGUGUGUACCAGAGCUGCCGGUGGCCCGGGCCCUGUGCCAACCUUGUGAGUUACAGGACUCUGAUCAGACCCACAUACAGAGUGUCCUACCGAACGGUGACGGCGCUGGAGUGGAGGUGCUGCCCUGGCUUUACUGGGAGCAACUGUGAUGAGGAAUGCAUGAACUGUACUCGGCUCAGCGACAUGAGUGAGCGACUGAUUACGCUGGAAGCCAAGGUUCUCCUGCUGGAAGCAGCAGAGCGGCCCUCAAGCCCGGACAAUGACCUGCCGGCCCCCCAGAGCACCCCACCACCCUGGAAUGAGGACUUCCUCCCUGACGCUAUCCCUCUUGCCCACCCAGAGCCCCGAAGAAGGCCCACAGGCCCAGCUGGGCCCCCGGGGCAGACAGGACCACCAGGGCCUGCAGGCCCCCCAGGCUCCAAAGGUGACCGGGGCCAGGCAGGAGAGAAAGGCCCAGCAGGGCCUCCUGGCCUCUUGGGGCCACCAGGGCCCCGCGGGCUUCCUGGAGAGAUGGGGCGCCCUGGACCCCCUGGUCCCCCCGGCCCAGCAGGCAGCCCGGGUCUCCCUCAAAAUGGCCCCCAAGGCGUUCUCUACUCUCUGCAGCCACCUACCGACAAGGACAAUGGAGACUCACAGCUGGCUUCUGCGGCCGUGGACACGGUACUGGCCGGUGUCCCAGGACCCCGGGGUCCCCCUGGCCCUCCAGGUCCCCCAGGACCACAUGGUCCCCCAGGACCCCCAGGUGCACCUGGAUCCCAGGGCCUGGCUGGAGAGCGGGGCAUGACAGGCCCAUCUGGCGAGCCGGGCAGGAGGGGGGAAGAGGAGGAGAGAGCUGCCGCAGAGGGUGAGGGGGUGCAGCAGUUGCGGGAGGCCCUGAAGAUCCUGGCAGAGAGGGUCCUCAUCCUGGAGCACAUGAUUGGGAUCCACGAUCCCCUGGCCUCCCCUGAGGGGGGCUCCGGCCAGGAUGCUGCCCUGAGAGCCAACCUCAAGAUGAAGCGUGGUGGCGCACCACCCGAUGGCUCCCUCGCUGCCCUGCUUGGCCCCAAUCCUAUGCAGAAGAGCACUGGCCGGGCCAGCAGCGGAAAGUAAGGGCCCAACUCUCCAGGGCAAGCCCAGCCCACCAGAGACCCAGCCCUGAAGCCUGUGUGGCCAUUGGAUCCUGAAGGCACCCCUAAUGGGACUGGGUUCCAGGCAUGGAUACUCAUGAGGAACAUUGCUCCCAGGGCUUGGGGGCCUUGGAGAUGGAUGGCACCUCCAGGGGCAGGGUCCAGAGGGCCCAGCACCCUUGGUAGAGCCCUGCUCUUAUUCCUGCCUUCCCCCACCUCCCACCCCCUGCAAGAAACAGAGUCUGGGUGGGCCAGGCAGGAUUUGAGAAUAAUCAUAAUACUUACCAUAAUACUUACUGAGUUCCUGUGACGUUUGGGCCUGUCCAAGGAGCUCUCCCUACAUUGUCUCAUUUAACCCUUAGGAGGUAGGCUUGUUAUCCCCACUUUACAUGGGGAACAGAGGCUUGGAGAGGACAAAUAACCUGCAAAGCCACCAGGCCGUGGAAGACUGGGGCUGGAUUUGGACCUAGGCCUCUCAGUUCCUGAACUCUCUACUUCGCCAUCUUCCCCUCUUCACGGGAAACUCAGACAGGGCGAGCACAAGACUAUGGGGAGGCUGGACUGGACAGUGGGAAGGAGGGCAGGGCCCUGGGUCUCCUUCCUCAAUUCCAAUAAAUCCAUGGCAGUCACAUGGGCCUGGGGAUUGAGAAAGGAGCAUUGGGAGUGCAGGAGUCCUCAAACCAAACUGGAUAGCCCACUGAUGCCUCCCAGUCUCUCUGAGCCCACCCCCACCAGGGCCCUCCUCUGAACCAGAGGAGGGGGGAUUUAAUGGGAACAUGCACCCCCAAGGGGCAUUCCUGGCAGCCCUGCCUUCUCCCAGUCUUUCUGGGAUCUGUAGGAUUGGCCACUUCUGCAUUACAUGACAGGUCUAAUGUCUCCUUGAUGAAGUGGAGGAAGGAGUCCCAGGCCUGCUGGGGAGAGAUGUGCCUUCCCUCAGGGCAGUGCGCCCAAGCAGCUUCACAACAGACCCCAGGUGCCCCAGACAGAGCAGCUCAGACCACAGCCCUCAGAGUUAUUCAAGGCCUCAAAGGCCACGGGUCCCCUGUGACCCUGGCCACCCUGGUGCUCCUCUCUCACUGGGCCAGGACCCACACUCAAGUGAGGGCAGCAGACUCAGAUUCACAGGUGCUGGCGCCACCCCGAGCAUGUCCCCCCUCGCAGCAGGAGCGAUGGCCCCCAGUGCUCCAGGUGCUCCUGGGAGGCUGCGGCCUGCUCCUCACCCUGGUAACCUCUUUUGCCUCAAGGCUCUGACUGCCCCUCUUGAGGCAGAACUGUCCCUGAGGUUAAGGUGCGGCCUCCCACAGGCCUGUCUCCGUGGAGGGGGGUCAGAGGCCGGCAGGAAGCCUGUGACGCUCUGAUAAUAAAGGUGCUCUUCCCACUGA